UUGUUGUUGUUGUUGUUGUUAUUGUUAUUAUUAUUAUUAUUAUUAAUAAUAAUACUGAUAGUAGCAGCAGUGAGAUGUGCCCCGGGUCGCAAUGAGUUGGAUCAUGGAGAAGUAUCCCCUGCAUCUCUUGGUUUGGCACAAUCACUUUCUGGACCUGGACCGAGCGCUUCGGAAGAACAAGGUGAGCGUGGAGCUCCUGGACCCUCGGGGUCGCUCGCCCCUGCAGCUCGCUGUCUGUCUAGGGCACUUGGAGUCGGCGCGAGUCCUGCUGAGACACGGAGCGGACCUGAGCAGGGAGAGCCAGCACGGCUGGACUGUGUUACAGGAAGCUGUCAGCACUGGGGACCCGGAACUGGUGCAACUGGUUCUGCAGUUCAGAGAUUACCAGCGAGCCACUGAGAGACUGGGAGGCAUUCCUGAACUUCUGAGCAAACUACUUAAGGCUCGCGAUUUCUACGUGGAGAUGAAAUGGGAGUUCACCAGCUGGGUGCCCCUGGUUUCUAAGGUCUGCCCCUCUGAUGUGUAUCGUGUUUGGAAGAGCGGUUCUAAGCUGCGUGUCGACACGACUCUGCUGGGCUUCGAGCAUAUGAGCUGGCAGAAAGGGAGGCGCAGCUACAUCUUCAAGGGAGGGGACGAGGGCGCUGUGGUGAUGGAGCUGGACCAUGAGAAGCAGGUUGUGUACACGGAGACGCUGUCUCUGUCCCUCCAGGACCCCGAGCUGCUCCUGAGCGCCGUUGAGCCGAGCGAGGAGAGCGUGGCUCAGAGACUCACCGCCCCCAUAGUGUCCACACACCUCGAUACCAAGAACAUCGCCUUCGAGAGGAACAAGUCUGGUAUCUGGGGCUGGCGCUCUGAGAAGAGUGAGGCCAUCAGCGGCUAUGAGGCGAAGGUGUACAGCGCGACCAACGUGGAGCUCGUGACCCGAUCAAGAACAGAACACCUGUCUGACCAGGACAAGAACCGGAGCAAAGGAAGUAAGACUCCUCUGCAAUCAUUCCUGGGGAUCGCAGAGCAGCACACCGCUCACAACGGGUCUCACGUGACGCAGUGUGCCACCCCCACGAACCCCACUGCCAUCACCCCCGAGGAAUACUUCAACCCCAGCUUCAACUUGCAGUGCCGAGACAUCGGGAGACCGCUCGAGAUCACCAACAAGAUCCAGAGGUUCAAGGCGACGCUGUGGCUGUGUGAGAAUCACCCCCUCUCUCUCACAGAGCAGGUCACCCCGAUAAUCGACCUCAUGGCCAUCUCGAACGCCCACUUUGCCAAACUGCGAGACUUCAUCACCCUAAAACUACCUCCUGGCUUCCCUGUGAAGAUCUCCAUCCCUCUCUUCCACGUGCUCUCUCCUCAGAUCACUCCUAGUAAUUUCUGUGGCUGUGAUGAUCCUGUCAGCUCCCUGACAGUCAGCUCUCCUGCGCAGGACAGCCAGGAGCCUGCAGGGGGCGCCACUGCCGGAGCCAGCCAAGGUGAGAGGAACACCUCACAUACACACAGGGGUGGGAAUGAGACUCCCGCUGCACAGCGCGUCACUAUCUGGGAGGCCCUGACUAACACCAGACCCAACUCGAACCCACCUCCAUAUGAAGAGGACAGCCAGCUGGAAAGGGCUAUCCAGGAGUCACUCUCUCUUUCCCUGAGCGAGGGGGGUGGGAGGGGACAGGGGGAAGGGGUGGAGUCUCCCACGGAGGUCCCUCCCCCUGUCCUCCCCCUCUCUCCAGCCAGCCAGCUGAGCCCAGCUCCCCUCUCCUCUCGCACCUCCACCAGCGCUCCCAGCGUUCCCAGUGUGAGCAGCUUCGACGAGCAGCUCCGCAUCGCCAUGGAGAUAUCGACGCGGGAACAGGAGGAGCGGGACAGGAAGUGGAGGGAGGAAGAGGAGGAGUUUCAGAGGAUACUACAGCUGUCACUCACCGAGUAGUUCCGGAAACGCAUUGC